CAAAGCAGAGCCUCAUCAUCAUCGAGAAACAUUCCCCUUGCAACAAGAGUGAGUUUCCACAAAAACUCUGACGCUACGAGCCUGUAGAUUUAUGCUAAAUAAAUCUCAACAUCCAAUCGCUAAUUCCCUCAUCAGCCAUCUACCCUACACAACGUGAUUGAACCUCCCCACCACCCCUCAUCUAUAAACAACACCUGCGCCCGCUGCCGGACAAAUCCACCAUCAUAUCAUCAUCAACUCUCAUACGCAGGUCCAGCCAAGGUCUCAGCCUCAGCUGCAACCACAAUUCAAUCAAGAGCCAUGUCUUCAGCAAACCUCGUCGAGUCGGCCAAGAGGCAGGCCGCCUACCAGGCCGUUAAUGACCACCUCCUCCCUGAGUACAAGUAUGUCGGCAUCGGCUCCGGCAGCACCGUCGUCUACGUUGUCGAGGCCAUUGUCAGCAAGGGACCCGAGUUUUACGGUGGCAUGACCUUUAUUCCUACCGGAAGCCAGUCCAAGGGUCUCAUCCGCACUGCUGGCCUAAAUCUGGCCAACCUUGACGAGAGACCUACCGUCGGUGGCGUCCCUGUCGCCCUCGAUGUUGCCUUUGACGGCGCUGAUGAGGUCGAUGAGGACCUUAACCUUAUCAAGGGUGGCGGUGCUUGUCUGUUCCAGGAGAAGCUCGUUGCCAUUGCAGCCAAGAAGUUCAUCGCUGUGGCUGACUACCGAAAGCAGUCUCCCCGACUGUGCACCACAUGGAAGACCAUCCCCAUCGAGGUCCUCCCCAUGGCUGCCCCUGAUGUCCUGACCCGUCUUCGGGCCAUGGGCUCCCCCAACCCUGUCGUCCGUUCAGGUCUCCCCAGCAAAGCUGGCGAGUGCGUCACUGACAACGGCAUGUGGCUGAUUGACGCUCCCUUCCCUCCCCUGCUCCUGGCCAAGGAUAUCACCUCCGAGGUCGAUGGCCAAGGAAAGGGCGGCGCCUGGGAGAUCAACGCCCUCGCCCAGGAGCUUGUCCGGUUGCCCGGUAUCGUCGAGAUUGGUCUCUUCCACGGCUUCAACGGUGAUGAGGCCGUCAAACUGGGCAAGCAGUUGCAAGCACAGAAGCCCGUUGCCGCCUACUUUGGUCUGGCCAAUGGUGAGGUGCAGGUGCAGAAUGCGGCUUAA